AGCGGCUCUCCAAUUUUAACGGAUUUUUACAUAUACCCAUUACCCAUUUCUCUGUACAAAAACCAAACCUAUUAUUACACUGUAAACACACGUAUGAUUAUCUAUCACAAAGAAUUAGUUUGUUGAGUUCGUUAUAUCUUCUUCAGGUAAAAGUAAUUUAAAUAAAACCCACCAAGACUCGAUUUUUUCGUUUUUUUUCCCCAGAAAAAGGUGAGGUUUUGGAAGGAAAUAGAAAAAUAAUAAUAAGGACCCAUUAUUGUUAGUCCCCAAAAUAGCCUGCAGCACCAUUAUUUUUGUAUUAUUUCUUCAUUUUUGUUCUUUCUUGUUUACCUAAAAGGGUGGUGUUUGCAGGUGAGAUUUCUUUGUAAAGUUGUGAUCUUUAUUGCGUGUGAUAUUUUGGUUAGAUUCUUUUUAUGUUUAUAUUGGUGGAGAAUCUUGAAUUCGAGUCUUUUUGUGUGUGCGACAAUCCUCUUUAUUGUGCGUAAUAUUUUCGUUAGAAUAUUUAUGUUUAUAUUGGUGGAGAAUCUUGAAUUUGAGGGAAUAUGCAACAUAACAUUUUUACAACAAUGCGUAGUUUGAAGAUGAUGGAAGGGUGUAAGGGAACGCAAGUAUAUGCCCUUAAUCAGUCUAUUGAUGGUGGGGGUGGGGGUGUAGGUGAGAAGUUUUUACAAAACCUGUUGUCAAAAAAUUCUAUUAGGUCUAGAUCCAAUAGUAAUUUUCAAGCUGUUCAAUCAAAAGAUGAGGUUAAUUCGGUUGUUUUAGCUGAAGCUUUUGCCAGUUAUGGCCUACCAAAAACGGAUCAACUUGAGCCCCAGAUUGAGUUUUGUCUCAAACCUAUGAACUUUGUGGAGACAUUAGGUGAUGUGCAUCGUAGGAUGGAGGGUUGUGCUCAGUUUGAUAAGUCAAGGAUGUAUCUUGAGCAAUGUGCCAUAUUUAGGGGCUUACCGGAUCCUAAAUUGUUUAGGAGGUGCCUUAUGUCAGCUAGGCUACACGCCGUUGAUGUGCAUUCCAAGGUUGUUCUUUCUGCCUGGUUGAGGUUUGAACGAAGGGAGGAUGAGUUGAUUGGUGUAUCGGCCAUGGAUUGUUGUGGCCGAAGCAUGGAAUGCCCGGGCAGUGCUUUGGUGGCAGGUUAUAAUCCUGAAUCAGCUACUGAUCCUUGUAUGUGUGACAGGGGUAUGAGAAAAGAUGAGGAUACUGAAAUUUACAUGGAUGAAGAAUGCUCCACUUCAUUGAGUCGUGGCGAUGAGGAGGACGAGGAUUUUGACAUGUCAUUUUGCAUUGGAGAUGAUGAGAUCAGGUGUAGGAGAUUUAACAUAGCAUCACUUUCUAGGCCAUUUGAAGCUAUGCUGUAUGGUAGCUUCAUUGACUCGCGAAGGGAGAAAAUAAAUUUUUCAAAAAAUGAGAUCUCCGCAAAGGGGAUGAAAGCUGCUGAGAUGUUUAGCAGAACAAAAAGCGUGGACUCUUUCGACCCAGACAUUGUCCUAGAGCUCCUGUCGUUAGCCAACAAGUUCUGUUGUGAUGGGAUGAAGUCUGUUUGUGAUGCGUAUUUAGCAUCUUUGGUCUUUGACAUGGAUACUGCUAUGUUGCUUUUUGAAUAUGGGCUGGAGGGGAAUGCAUAUCUUCUAGUGGCAGCAUGUUUACAGGUAUUUUUAAGGGAACUUCCAAAUUCAAUGCACAAUCCAAAUGUGUCAAGGUUCUUCUGCAGUUCAGAAGGUAAAGACAGAUUAGCUUACAUAGGACAUGCUUCCUUUUUGCUGUACUAUUUUCUGAGCCAAUCAGCUAUGGAGGAUGACUUGAAAUCGAAUACAACGGUUAUGCUGUUAGAAAGGAUGGGAGAAUGUGCAAGUGAAGGCUGGCAGAAGCAACUAGCAUUCCACCAAUUAGGUUGUGUGAUGCUUGAAAGAAAAGAGUACAAGGAUGCACAGAAAUGGUUUGAGGCAGCUGUUGAAGCUGGUCAUGUUUAUUCCUUAGUAGGAAUUGCCAGAUCCAAGUACAAGCGCGGGCAUAUGUACAAGGCAUAUAAAUUGAUGAACUCCCUCGUAUCUGAUUAUACACCUUCUGGGUGGAUGUAUCAGGAGCGAUCAAUGUAUUGUCAAGGAAAAGAAAAGACAAUGGAUUUGAGUACAGCUACUGAACUGGAUCCAACUCUUUCCUAUCCAUACAAGUACAGAGCUGUUUCAAUGGCAGAGGAGAAUAGACUUGGUCGAGCUAUUGCUGAGAUUAACAGGAUACUUGGCUUUAAGAUAUCUCCAGACUGCCUAGAGCUUCGUGCUUGGUUUUUAAUUGUGUUGGAGGACUAUGAAGGAGCUUUAAGGGAUGUAAGGGCACUCUUGACUUUAAAUCCCCGUUACAUGAUGUUCCAUGGGAAGUUGCAAGGUGAACACUUGGUAGAGAUUCUAAGUCAUAAUGUUCAGCCGUGCAGUCAGGCUGACUGCUGGAUGCAACUAUAUGACCGAUGGUCUUCUGUAGAUGAUAUUGGCUCCUUAGCUGUUGUCCAUCAUAUGUUAGCCAACGACCCAGGGAAGAGUCUCUUACGCUUUCGGCAAUCUCUCCUGCUACUACGAUUAAACAGCCACAAGGCAGCAAUGCGUAGUUUGAGAGAAGCACGAAACCAAGCAACCUCUGAGCAUGAAAGGCUAGUCUAUGAAGGAUGGAUAUUAUAUGACACAGGUUAUCGUGAAGAAGCAAUUGCUAAAGCUGAAGAAUCAAUCUCAAUCCAGAGAUCAUUUGAAGCCUUUUUCCUUAAAGCAUAUGUGUUAUCAGAAACAAGUCCUGAUUCUGAAUCUUCAUUGUAUGUUAUACAACUGCUUGAGGAAGCUCUUAGGUGCCCCUCAGACGGUCUUCGGAAAGGCCAGGCUCUCAGUAAUCUUGCAAGUGUCUAUGUAGAUGUUGAUAAGCUAGAUAAUGCAAUUGAUUGCUACACAAAUGCCCUGAAUAUUAAGCAUACACGAGCCCAUCAGGGUCUGGCACGUGUUUACCAUCUAAAAGAUCAGAGGAAAUUAGCAUAUGAUGAGAUGACAAAGUUGAUUGAGAAGGCAAAAUAUAAUGCAUCUGCUUAUGAGAAGCGCUCGGAAUACUGUGAUCGUGAAAUGGCUAAAAGUGACCUUGGUAUGGCAACAAAGUUAGAUCCCCUCCGAACAUACCCAUACAGAUACAGAGCAGCUGUUCUGAUGGAUGACCAUAAGGAAACCGAGGCUAUAGCGGAGCUAACAAAGGCAAUUUCUUUCAAGCCAGACUUACAAGUACUCCAUCUUCGAGCAGCAUUUCAUGACUCAAUGGGUGACCUCACAUCUGCUAUUCGAGAUUGUGAGGCAGCUCUGUGUCUCGACUCCAGGCAUGCAGAUACGCUUGAGCUCUAUCAGAAAGUACAGCAACGAGCUAAAGAACAACUACCAACGUGAAGAAGCAAGAAUCCAUAUUGAGCUUCUUCUUCAUGAUUGUUAUUUGGGAAUUGGGAGCCAGUGCCUAAAUUUUUUGUGGUACACACAGGUUCAACGCAUACUAUGUGCUCAGAGUUCUAAAUUUUUUGUCAUAUAGAUAUUCAAACUAGAUUUGCGGUUGCCAUUAUGCAUGCUCAAUUGCAACAAAGAACAAGAAAUUAGAAAUCAAAAUCUCGAAUGGAGAGAGCUACUGAGGAGAAUGAGUGAAUCAACUGUACAUAAAUUUUUUGGUCAACCAUAGCGAAGUAUUUGUGAAUUUGAUAGAGUAGGAUACUUCAGAUACUUUUUAUUGUCUUUGUCCUACCGCAAAGACAGUUCUACAAUGUAUCUUUGAAACUGAAAAGGAAUUUUUACAUCAAAAUUGCAGCUUGCAAUGAAUGUGUAAACUUUGUUGAGACAGUUCUUUGUGUGCUGAGAAACUGUUACUACUCAACGUACUUCAACUUCUGAUUUUA